AUGGCCGACACGCCAAACCGUAAUGGCGAGGACUCGAAGCCCGUCCCUGUACCCUACAAGCGCAGUCAGCGUCCAUCGUGGUCAUGCACCGAAUGCGCGCGACGAAAGAUCAAGUGCGACAAAAAGGUGCCGUGCCAAUCCUGCGUCAAGCGAGGCAGAGCCGAGCAAUGUCGCCUCGAAGGCUCGCCACUCGAAUCGGCCGGUCCUUCUUCGCUACGAGGCCUCAAGACACCCGAAGAGCAGAGCGACGAUGGCAGACCAGCCGAAGAGAGUCCAUUGCCCUCUGGCUCCCUCCGACGCUUCUCAAACGGAGCCGGUGCUCCAGCAGAGCCGAGGCUGGGUGGACUCGACGAUACCCUCUUCCGAGGACUGUCCCGACUGCAGCAGCAGCUGGAUCGCAUCGAGCGGCGCUUGGAGUACCAGUCGAAACAAGACGACAGCAUCGAGGACGUCAAGGCUCGACUCAACGACGUUGAAGACGUCAUAUCUGCGCUCGGCGAGAGGCGCGAUGCCUGGAAAGAGCCAGUAUCGGACCUGGUCACUCCCAACGCUGCGAUCUUCUCUGAUCGCACCGGCGACGACACCCGCCGCCCGGGCCGUCCUGCGGCUCCGAGCACGCCAAAUGGCAAGCUUGAUGGCGUCGGCCGAAGCCCCUCCGAAGGCGCGACAAGUCUCGCGCGUGGAGCAAAGAUAAGGAUGCCAGUGACUGAGCCGCAAGAGCGAAACGCCGAACUCGCCUCGACGGAUGCCGCCACCACGCUCGAAUUCCUCACGCUUGGCAAGGACAGGCGGCGCGAUCUCGACUUUGACGCCAGCUCCUCGGACACUGACGCAGACGCAAGCCAUCCUUAUCCGCUAGAGACAACAGCAGAUGCCAGUCAGCGACCGCUCUUCAGCAGUUCUGGCAUUCCGCACACGCAGCAGGCGGGCAGAGAUGGCCAAGCGCUUGCCGCCGAUGGCAAUCACGAUCCAGGACUGCGCAUGCUCAAGCACCUCCGGCGAGGGCUGCCGUCUUUUGUGGUCGCGCAGAUCGAAGCGCUCCUACGAUCCCAUCCCGACGAGCUCCCACCAGCCAAUUUGCUCGCGAGACCUGCCAUCAAGCCCGUCACAGACGGCAUCAAAUCUGCCAAGCUAUCACCCUCUGCCAUCCGUGGCAUUGUGGGCAUUGCCAAAGAGAUCGGAGCCUGGCAACACUGCUGCGUGCACUUUCCCACCUUUGAACGUGAGGUGGAGGCCUUCUUGGCCAUCGCCGUGUCUGGCUCUCUCAAUGGACAAGGCUCGGACUUUGAGGGGUUUCGUGCCAUCGACCCAGCAUGGCUCUCCCUCUUCUACGUCCUUUGCAGCAUCGCCGUCCACCAAAUGUCAGAAGAGGAGGGGUCUCAUUGCGGCGUGGGCGCCGAGGUGGAAAGGAUGCAGCUUGCGUCGAUCAUGCUGCACGCUGCCAUGGAGUCGCUCUCACUCGCCGACUACCUGGUCAAGCCUUCGGCGUACUGCUGCCAGACAAUCGCCAUUCUUUGCGUGGCGGGACACAACAUCUGCGGCAGCGAUCUUUUGACGUCUCUACUAGCGAUCGGCAUCAAGACGGGCCAAACGUUGGGACUACAUGCGCUCGGUCGUUCGGCAAGAUUUCUGGAGGCAUGUGCGGCCCAGCGUAGCCAGGUCCUGAAGCGUGCGGGCAUCCAAUGCGACGACUCCGGCUCGUGCCGGCUCCCCGACGAAUCGCCACGGCAGUUUGCCAUUUGGAGGAAGCGCAUCAUCGACCUCGAAGUUGGCAAGCGCGUCUGGUGGGCUUUCACCCAGCAGGACUACUUUGCCAUUCCAUUCAGCGGCUGCUUCUCAAUCGUCGAAGGGCAGUACGAUACACCGCUGCCUCACAACUGCUCGGACGAGGAUCUCGAAGAGGGCCGCUUGAUCAAUCGCGAGGUCAACGUCCUGACCGUGGCAUCAAAACAACGCUUCACCUGCCACGUCGCCAAGAUCGUCUGCGACUUCUUCGAAGACCUCAACAAGGCACGAGGCGUUCCAUCGCUAUCUUUGGUCCGUCAUCACGAAGCCAGGCUGCGGUUCGUGACGGAUCGUUUCAAAGCGUGCCUCGAUCCAACCAGAUCUGCAUCGGGGCAAGGUAGCCAUGGCAAUCUGCCGAGCUUUACCACCGUGCUGCAGCACUACCUCUUUAUCUCGGUACAGCACAAGAUCCUGGUGAUGCACCGAGCCUUUCUCUCUCGCGACGUCUCGGAGCACGAGCGAGAACAGUCUCACUCUGCCUCGAUCGAGACGGCUCGUGGGGUCUUGCACGAACUCGAGCGUGGUCUCGGCCUCAACGCUGAUGACGACGAUCGACCGCAGCUCGAUCUGCAGUCGCGCGUUCACGGCGGCGCACUCUGGACCAUUCCGUACCACUCAGUGGCGGCAGCGACCAUCUUGGCCUUGGACAUGUUCAAGCCGGCGUCGCACGCACCGCAUCGCGCCAAGAGGCGGCACGAGGUCAAAUGCGCGCUCGAAGCGCUCAGCCGCUUCACACGCAAGAGCGCCAUUGCUCGUCGAGGAUGUCAGCUGCUCGCCGAUCUGCUGGAAGAGGGUGAGCGCUACGAUCAGCGCCCGAGGGAGCCGAGGAAGCGCAAGGCGACCGAUGGCGUAGAUUCGGUGCUCAAACGAAUUCGACUGCCAGAAGGCGAAGGGGACUCGCCACAGAUGCCCGAUACGGAUUCGCGCACCGAUAUGCCGUCGAAUGCAAGGUCACCACAGGAGCACGCUGUGAAUCCUGCGCUUGCACAUGCGCACACAGAAAAGGCUUUGGAAGCCAGUUGGUUUUCGCAUUUCAACCACGCUUCUGUGCGCUCUAACGUGUCUUCAGCACUAGCCGAAGGCACCUCGCCCGAUGCGGAGCGGGGCGGCCUACUUCCGGCUGCCUCCUUCGGCUACGGCUCGAGCAACUUCAAUCCUCUGGCGGGCAACUCGACGAGUCGCGCGGGCAAGAAUGCGUCGUUCCAUCCGAGCGAUGCAACCAACUCGCUCUCGAGCAUGUUCAUGUCGUACGCGAGUCCCGGCGGCAUCAACGAUCCGUUUAGCGCUCUCAACGGCCACCGCACCACCAAUGGUGACGACGGUCGAGGACCAGCAAGACGAUUGGAUUUGCCUGUCACCGGAGACUUUAGUUCGCCCAUGCCGACCUGGCCGAUCAAUCAGCCAGAUGCGUCGCUGGAGAACGGAAUGCAGGGCAACAUUCCAGGCAUGAAUCUCAACAUGCCGCAGCAGCAGCUUGCGCACAUCCUGCCUGCGCUCGAAUCCAUGCCCGACGUGUGGAAGCUGUUCGACGGCACGCUGGGGCAGAAUCUGGUGGCGUUUGAAGAGAGUGGGUUCUGA